CGUCAAGGUCGUUUUUAAUGAGCUCGUUUGCAACCUCAGUCCCACAGCGGAGGCUGAGGUGGGAGGACGGGUGAGGGGGUGCUGAGAAAAAAGGGGGUGCUGUCCCCAAAAAGGUCCCUGGGAUGGAGCACCCUGUCCCUGGGGGGCUCUGGGGGGAGAAGGAGGAGGAGGAGCAGGAGAGGGUGCUGGUGUCGGAGCACAUGUGGAGACCCUGCCCCACGGCCCGGAGAAGGCUCCGAGUGUGCUUGGAGUGGGUGAAGCGGCAGCUUUUCCGUGUCGGGGAGGAUUGGUACUUCCUCUUCAUCCUGGGAGUCCUCAUGGCCACCAUCAGCUUCAUGAUGGACCACCUCGUCUCCAGGGUCUACGCAGCCCACCGCUGGCUCUACCAAGAGGUUGGGGACAUCGGGGUGCUCAAGUACCUCUCGUGGACCCUGUACCCCACGGCUCUGGCCACCUUCUCCACUGGCUUCUCCCAGAGCAUCACCCCGCACUCCGCAGGCUCUGGCGUCCCGGAGCUGAAGACCAUCCUGAUGGGUGUGGUGCUGGAGGACUACCUGGCCAUCCAGAACUUCGGAGCCAGGGUGGUGGGGCUGACCUGCACCCUGAUGUGUGGCAGCAGCCUUUUCCUUGGGAAAGUGGGUCCCUACGUCCACCUCUCCGCUGUGGCUGCGGCCUACCUGGGGAAGAUGAGGACCUCAGUCAUGAGGGAGUAUGAGAACAAGUUCAAGCAGCGCGAGAUGCUGGUGGCAGCACAGGCCGUCGGGGUGGCCACGGUGUUCGGGGCGCCCGUCAGCGGGGUUCUUUUCAGCAUCGAGGUGAUGUCCCCCCACUUUGCCGUGCGCGAUUACUGGCGCGGCUUCUUCGCCGCCACCUGCGGCGCCUUCAUGUUCCGCCUCCUCGCCGUCCUCAGCAGCGAGCAAGAAACCAUCGUGGCUCUUUUUAAGGUCGACCUCACAAUUGGUUUCCCCUUUGACCUCCUGGAGACCUUCUUCUUUGUGAUUUUGGGGGUGGUGUGUGGGCUCGUGGCCUGUGCCUACCUCUUCUGCCAGCGCUGGGCGAUGGUGGCUGUCAAGAGGAACUGGCUGACGGCCAAGCUGCUGGCGACCGACAAACCCGUGUACACGGCGCUGGUGGUGCUGCUCCUCUCCUCCAUCACCUUCCCGCCGGGGCUGGGGCAGUUCAUGGCCUCCAGGCUCACCAUGAAGGAAUAUCUCACCUCCCUCUUCGACAACCACACGUGGGGGGUGCAGGCCCCCAACGCCUCGUGGGCAGCCCAGCCCGGGGGACUCUGGCAGGAGUGGGACCAUCCCUCGGCCACCAUCUUCGGCACCUUGGCCUUCUUCCUGCUCAUGAAGUUCUGGAUGCUGAUCCUGGCCACCACCUUGCCCCUGCCCGCCGGGUACUUCAUGCCCAUCUUCGUCUACGGAGCCGCCAUCGGGCGCUUGCUGGGGGAGGGGGUGGCCCAGCUCUUCCCGCGGGGGCUCCAUCCCCAGGGCCCCCCCCGGCCCAUCAUUCCCGCGGGAUACGCCCUGGCCGGCGCCGCCGCCUUCUCGGGCUCGGUGACCCACGCGGUGUCCACGGCGCUGCUGGUGUGCGAGGCCACGGGCCACCUGGGCCACCUGCUGCCCACCGUGCUGGCCGUGCUGGUGGCCAACGCCAUCGUGCAGAAGCAGCAGCCGUCCUUCUACGACGGCGGCAUCAUCGUCAAGAACCUGCCCUACCUGCCCCCCAUCCGCAGCCGCCACACCGCCUCCUACAGGGUGGUGGAGGAGUUCAUGCAGCGCCAGGUGGUGGCCCUGGCCAAGGGGGAUGGUUUCCAGGAGGUGCUGGGGGCCUUGGACGCCUCCUCUGAUGCCGAGUAUCCCGUGGUGGAGAGCACAGAGUCCCCCACCCUGGUGGGCACCGUCAGCAGGGCCCAGCUGGUCACCUUCCUGCAGAGCCACGAGCACCCCCAGGCCCCCCCGGGGGAGAAGGUGGCCCCGGCGGGGACCCUCGGGGACGACUGUGCCAUCGAGCCCGUCAUGCUCCAGUUCUCCCCGUGGACAUCCCUGCACCAGGCCUAUCACCUGUGCCAGCUGCUGAAGCUGCAGAGAGUGUUUGUCACCCGCUGUGGGGACCUGGUGGGAGCCGUGGGGUGGGCGGAGCUGCGCAAGGGGAUCGAGGAACUCUCCAACCCCAAGGGAUGACUUUUUGGGACCACGAGGGAUCCCUCCCCAGGGAUGUCACCCACGGAAAGGGGGGGGUCCUGACCCCCCAGGUGAUAGGGGGGUGUCUCCCCCAGGGGGAGGGUGUCCUGGCUGGGGGGCGGUUCCCCAGCAGAGUGUGCUGUGCAUUAAAUACAUCGAUCCCUCCGUG